GCUCUGUCUGAAGAGGACAUUAAGUCUGCCAAGGAAUGGCUGGAGACAGAAAAGGUUUGGCUGAUGCAUCGUGGAGGAUUUUCCGAGGCACACCUCCUGAAAUCAGAGAACACAGUGCUACCAGAGGGGCGUGUCCGUGUCAGGCUGGAGUCGGGUGAUGUCAUUGAAGUGGACGAGGACGAUGUUGAAAAGGCCAACCCGCCUCAGUUUGACAAGGCAGAAGACCUGGCAGUAUUGCGUUACCUCAAUGAGUCUAGUGCCUUGCACACUAUCAGGCAACGUUACGCUGCCAGUCUGAUACACACGUACGCCGGGAGAUACCUCAUAGUGGUCAACCCCGUUCAGCAGCUGCCUAUAUACUCUGACAAGAUCAUCCAGAUGUUGAAAGGCUGCAAGCAGGAGGACAUGCCUCCCCACAUCUACUCCAAGGCUCAGGUCGUCUACAGGGACAUGCUCAAUUCCAGGAAGGACCAGUCCCUUGUGUUCAUGGGCAAAAGUGGCAGUGGGAAAACUGUCAAUGCCCAACAUGUUCUGCACUAUCUUGUCAUGGCUGCUGGCUGUUCUAAUGGUGCUUUAACAGUGGUGAAGCUGAAUUCGGUGUUCACCAUUCUUUCUGCAUUCGGCAACAGCCGGACAUCUUUAAAUGUCAGUGCCAGCCGGUUUACUCAGAUUUUCACGGUGGAUUUUGAUUCAGCAGGCCAGAUUGGCUCAGCAUCUGUGCAGGCCCUGAUGCUGGAGAGGUCGAGAGUUGUGAGAAGACCUGACAAUGAACACAACUUUAAUGUCUUUUACCAGUUACUUGCUGGAGCUGACAGCAGUCUCAGAAAUGAUUUACAGCUGCACAAUCUCAAUGAAGCUAAUUUAUUCAUGACUACACUACACAAGCCAGAGGAAAAGGAGAAGGCAGUGGAAUCCUGGCUGCAGCUGCUGGAGGCUUUUGGUAACCUGAAUGUCACAGAGGCUGAGGUCAAAAGUAUCAUGGCCGUCCUGGCAGCCAUCUACCAUCUGGGCACUGCUGGCGCUAUCAGAGGAGGUUCCAACAAAGCUCAGUUUGCCAAGCCAUCAGCAGCUCAAAGAGCUGCAGCAAUCCUGGGCACCAGUGUGGAGGAACUCAGCAGAUCUAUAUUUUCUACUGGUGGGACUACCACACUGAGUCGCACCGCUUCCCUCAGGGUCUCAAAUGCUUUGGACAGGCCGGCCUACCUGCCAUCUGAUGCUAAUGCAACUGCCCUGGAGUGUCUGGAGGGUUUUGUCAUGGGCCUGUAUGCUGAUGUGUUCAGUGCUGUGGUUUCCCUGAUCAACAGAGCUCUGUCGUCCAGCGUCCGUGCUAUCAAUUCAGUAACAAUUGUUGACUGCCCUGGAUUCCAGAGCUCAGGAGCUGGUGUCAGCUCCUCUAGUCGAAGUCAGGGAGCCAGUUUCGAGGACUUGUGCCACAACUACACACAGGAGAGGCUGCAAGCUUUCUUUCAUGAGGUUGCCUUGUCCACGCCACAAGAUUUGUAUGAGGAGGAAAACAUCAUCCUAGACUUUGACAUCAUGCCAUCCAGCCCAUCCUCACUCAUUAAUCUGCUGGACAAGCCUCCCCAGCAGGGGCUGAUGAGGUCCUCUGCUGCAGACCUGAAAACUGUGGAGAAGAAGGGUCUUCUAUGGAUAUUGGAUGAGGAGGCCAUGUUUCCGGGGGCUACAGAGGAUAGUUUCAUGGAGAGGCUUCUACAGCAGCACUGUGAGCAUCCAGUCAGAAAAGACAGCCUUCUGCGAAAAGGUUCCCUUGGUCACACAUUUGUCCUCAACCAUAACCAGGGAAUGACUCCAAUACUGUACAACGCUCAAGGCUGGCUCAAGUGCUGCCGGGAAAAUCCUAUAUCCAGGAAUGCCAGUCUGGUGCUGCAGGAUUCUAAAAAAUCCAGUAUCUCUCAGCUGUUUAGCAGUGUCAAGGCGCAGAGCUCUGGGGCUGUCAGUGGGACUACUGUGGGUUCAGAAAGUUCUGCCUCUGUGCGCAGGGUCAACAGCAUGCGAAGACCCUCCACCUCUGGGCAGGCAGGGCUCAAGAGGAAGUCAGUCUGCUUGCAGGUCAAGUUUAAUGUGGAUACCAUAAUGGACAUUCUGAAGAAGACCCAGGUUCACUUCAUCCACUGUGUGUUGCCUCACCAUUUUGCUGGACUUGGGGAGCAGCAGAAGCUCCCGCAGGAUGACUGCAUCCUCAAUGUGCCCCUAGUGAGGAACCAGCUAAGAGGAUUUGAGGUGCUGGAUGCCUUGAGAUUGUAUAGACUGGGUUUCCCUGACUCACUGCCUUUCACCGACUUUGUCAACAAGUUUGAGCCACUCGUUCCUGGGCUCAGCAAAACUGGACAUGGGGAAGGAGAUCUGAAAUUGACUGUAAAUAUGAUUCUGGACCAUCUAGACAUUGAUAAACUCAACUACCGUGUGGGAAACUCCAGGGUGUUUUUCCGACCUGGAUGCCUGGCCCAGCUGGAGCUGAACAGAGAUGAGAAGUUUACGGGGAUUGUGGGACAGUUCCAGGCUUUGUGUCGAGGCUACCUGGGCAGGAAGAAGCUGGAGAAGCUAAAGGUUCAACACACAGCCAUCAGGUGUAUACAGAGAAAUGUACGCAAGUACAUGCAGAACAGAGAAUGGGAGUGGUGGAGGCUGUACACCAAGGCGGAGGUGGAAUUACUCAAGGCCAAAAAUGAGAAACUGGAGAAGGAAAGAGCAGAGUACAAGACACAGUGUGAUAAACUGGAGAACAGGUUAGCAGAAGUGAGUGCAGAACUGGCAGAAGAGAAUACAACCUCCAGCGAGGCCGCCGACCUACUUGAGACAGAAACAGCUGAGAGGAUGAAGCUGGAGAAGGAUCUCAGGGAGCUGCAGAACAAGUUUACAGUCCUCAAACGUCAGCAUGAGAAGUUACAGAUGGAGAUGAUGCAGACCCAACUGUGGCAGGCAGAGUCUGUAGACGACAGCUUGGAAGAGAAGGAAGACAACUCAGCGUACAAGCGCAAGUAUGAACAGGUGUCCAAGGAGCUGCAGAUCACCAAGAAGCAGCUUCAGCACCAGCAUGAGGAGGAGAUUGACCAGGAACUACAGUCUAGGAAGCUCAUAGAGAGAAAGUUGCAUGAUGCUGUAGGUGAAGCAGAGGAGCAGAGAAGGCAGGUGCAAGUUGCCAAGAAGAAAACUCAGAGAUUGACGGCAGAAAUGCAAGACCUCAAACUACACCUCGAGGAGCAGAUGUCACGCAAUAAUGAGCUGGAGAGAAAACAGAGGAGGUUUGACAGUGAACUCAGCGUGGCUCAUGAGGAUGCCAGGGAGGAGAAGGCCCUCAGAGAAAAACUCCAGAAAGAGAAGGAUGAGCUUCUGUUAGAGAAAUAUUCCUUGGAUCAGACCCUUCAGUACACACAGAUGGAACAGCAAAGCUCCACGGAGAAGUGUGCCAGGUUGGAGAAGGAGAUUAAUGACCUACUUCAAACGGGGAAAGACAACAGUGAG